AGUUGUCCUUAAAAAAAAAGGUUUAGUUGUCAGCGCCGCCCCGCCCUCCCUCCGGCGGCGUCCCUCCAUCCCUCCUCAGCGCCGCCCCGCGUUCCCGCCGGCGGGUACCCUCACUCGCAUGAAGCUCCCCAUCGUCCCCUUCAACGGCGCCGGAUGAUCCGAUGCCGCUGGCAAAGUCAAAUCCCCUCGAUCGGCUUCCGUCCGGCAGUGUACGGACAACCCAAGGUCAUCAAGUAGGGCCGCUCGGCCUGAAAAUUGCAUCUCCCGGUAGGUCGUUCUUCUUCUUCCUUUUGUCGAUUUUGCUUGUUAUUAGUGCAGAUUUAUUUACUCCCUCCGUCCAACAAAAAAAAUGUCUGAAGUUUGUCAAAAUUUGAACGUAUCUAGACAUGGUUCAGUGUACAGUUGCAUUUAAAUUUGGUCAAACUUGAGACAUCUUUUCUUGGACGGAGGGAGUAUUAUUUGUUCGAGAAUUGUUGCUGCAGAUUUGGUUGGAUUCUUCCUUCUCGGUGUCGUCACUUCUUGCUGCUUUAGUGUUCAUCAAGGCGACGAUGUAAAUGGAAGCCCUGUCGGUGCUGAAUCCAGAGCUUCUCGUGGCAGAACUGGUUAACGAGGAAGCACGCCGAGAUAAGUGUACGCCGGUGAGGUAAAGAUGUUAUUUAUUCCCAACAGCUAGCCUUGUGCCCUUUAAUUCCACACUUUUUCUUUACGAAUCUUUCAAUAUUUGCCUCCGGAAUCAGUAAAUAUGACAUUUGUUCCCGCUAAUGUUGCCUGGAGACACAAGCAAAGUAUGUGAUUCCUGCUUGGCUCUAGGCAAAGGAAAGGGAAGAAAAGCGAAGCAACAUGGCAAACCAAUGACAAAAGCGUAGAGGCAGCAACUUCUUUAAGCCUUCGCCCUUCAGAAACAUGGAUAUCAAUUUCAUUUGAAGACCUACCCAUGUAUAGCUGAGCCUGAGCGUUUCAUAUCGGCAAGGCUCCUGGGAAUCAUCCCUGCCUGCUUCCACCUGCUAAUUACCGAGGAACCUGUUCGACUUAUUGCUGAUCAUGGGUUAACACUUAGACUUGCUGUCGUCUGUGCUGGUAGCUGGUCUUCUUUGAAGACAAGGAAACAGACGAGAUAAUCCUACUACUGCCAUCGCUGCUACUUUCUGGUCUUCUCUGAAGAGAUUCGCCAUGAUUCAUAGGGUGAUCACGAAUGAUAGCAUUCAAGAAGCUGCGGAUCUGAUACUUGAGUAUUGUAAUACUAAUAAACGUUAUUAUCAGGGUGUGGAAAAUAUUAUUUACUUUGAUGGCUGGCAUGGAGUUGGUGCAUCUGCUGUUCUUGCCACCAUAGCAGAAUCAGUAAGGUCUGUAAGAUCCAAGUUUGACAUAAUUAUCCAUGUGGAUUGCUCAUUGUGGGAAAGCAGGAGAGGACUGCAGAGGAGAAUCGCAGAGGAGAUAAAGCUUGACCCAAUGGCAAUGGCUGUUUGAUAAACAGGAUGAGGCUGAUGAUUUCAACGGGCUAGAUAAAAGAUCUAGAUCUGAGAUACCGUAUAUUGCGGAGCUCAUUUUUCAAACCCUAAUGGACCGUAAGUGUUUGAUGAUUUUCCACAAUGGAAGUGACCAUGAGAUUGAUUUAGGUGCAUCUGGUGUCCCUGUACUUGAUUGGAAGAACAAAGUACUAUGGACAUUCCGGGGAAGGUUUCGGCUUGAUCCUACAAUCACAGACAAAGUGAAAAGUGCUCAUCUUUUCCUUUCUGCACGUCCUUGGAAGAACAAGGACCUAUCAAAUUUUGUGCAACGGGAGGCUGCCCAAUUUAGCCAUGAUAUCGACCCAACUGUAAUUACCGAUUGUUGGCUCUAUCUGUUGCUCCUGCAUUAUGACCAUGACAACUCCAAUGACUAUGAUCAAGACAGCCAUGCUUCUAACUAUUGGGUGUGUGAUGGGAUCAUAUCUGGAGAUAGAGCUUGGGAGAUUGGUGACCGACUUAAUGGGGCGUUUCGACUGGAGUAUCUUCCAACAAAACAAAACCAUGGCAAGUGGUUUGACAGGUUUUUGGAUCAACAACAAAAGAAGAGCCAAUGGAUUUCAAUCGCAUCAAAGAAUGUAAAGAUACAAAAUAUUCAGGCCAUACCCAAGGAGACGACAUCAUAUUUCUUGAUAUUGGGAAAAUCUGAUCCUCCGGCAGCACUGCCAACACAAUUGUUUGAACAAUCCAUUAACCUGCAUGUAUUGAGACUCUCUUUGUGCACUUUCAGUUUUGCAUCCCCGCCUUUUAUCUGCUGCAGCAACCUAAGGUUUAUUUUCAUAGACAGUUGCAGAGAUGAAGAUGCUGUGUUUAUGGGUAAAGGAGAUGACAAGCAAGAUACAGAAUGGGCAUUUCUAAAAAGGCUAUGGGUGUUGGACAUUCGUCGUACAUGUUGGGACUGGAUCUUAUCCCCACUGAAGAUGGUGUUGAUGAUUGAACUCAGGGAGCUAAAUCUGAUGGAUGCAGUAGCUGGAAGGUCUGUUUGGGGAAUCAACACACUUGAUUUGACAAGGUUGUGUAAUCUUCAGAGGCUCCGAAUGAUUCGUUCUUCUACUUUCUUCACGGCAGUAGUUCCAGACUCAUUCAUGGGCAUGCCAAAGCUGGAGCUUCUUGACUUAUCUGGAAACAGUGACAUGGAAGUUUUGCCAAACCUGUCAGCGGCAAGUGGACUGAAGGUUCUUAUUCUUGACGGAUGUAAUGGGUUGCAACAUGUUGAACCUGACACCGUUUCCGCAUCAUUGGAGUCAUGCAGUUUUGAUGGAUUUGGACCAGCAUCUAGGUGGAUGAGUUCACUGCAGAUACCAGAAAUGAAAGUGCGCCCUUCUGCUCAUGAUAAUCAAGAACUUCCAAAAGUUUCUAAGAUCUCUCUAGAAGGUUGUGCACGACUGAAGAGUGUAUUCUUCAGGGGAUUGCCUAACCUGGAGGAGCUGGACCUCUCUGAGACAGCAAUUGAAGCACUCGACCUCGAAGUUAUGCAAGUGAAGAAACUUCAGCGGCUCUUUCUGAUUGGUUGUGAAAAGCUGUACAGGGUGCAAUGGCUUGAUGCAAGAAAUCCACCGCUAAAAUUGUUGUCUGUUGACACCAGAGGGAGGGAUGGAAGGUUGAUGGAUGGUGACUGUCACAGAUCUCAUUCCUCGCAGAAGGAUUUUGUACAAGUUGUGGCUACAGAUGCUAGGUUCCUUCGAGGUUUUGGUGUGCUCGGUAAUAAUUUCCAUUUACACCUCUCAUCUACCGUGAGUGAUAGAAAACUUCCAGAAACCAAGGAAACAAGAAUUAGUUCUAGUGAUGCAUCCGAUCUUCUCUCAGUAGUAGGAUCAUCAUCCCCCUAUGUGGAUGUACUAGACAAGGUUGUUGAAGAGGAUAAUGGUGAAGAUGGAUUGAUGGAAGCUCGCACUCAGCUUCUACCCUCUUGAGCGUCACAUUGAAUUUGCGAAUGGAGGCUGCAAUUGG